GUUCGUGGGACAUCUAUCGAUUGGGAUACCUAUGGCAAGCGAAGAGACCCCGGAUGACAGUGGAGAAAGAAAAGUCGUCGAGCUAGUGUCAGAGGUGGAAUGGACGGUGGACGAUGGCUCAGGCGGGGGGCCUGUACCUGGUCAUAUCUGGAUUGAUGUGCACCCUAACCAGCCGUGGGUCCUGUGCUCGUUUCACCUCAAACCAACAAGCCUUGAAGUCUGGAGGUAUGUCAAUGGGACACGUGUUGCCUCCUGGUUGGUUCCCGAUGGGCGUCGUAUUUUCGGGGCAAAAUUCAUACCAUCAAACAAUUGGAUUGUGGGGCGGCGCCGUCGGAGCGGCUUCGUCAUUUACAAGAUCCAAGGUUCCAACUUGUGCCCCCUCAUAGUUCUACGCCAUGCUCUUCGCAGAAGAUGUGGCCUGCUGCAGUUUGCCGUCCAUCCGCGCUUACCCUACAUAUUGACCUCAUUCGAUGAACUUGCCGUCCUGUGGGAAUGGAAAUGGAACUGGUACUGUGAGUGCAACUUGUACCGCCGGGAAUGGGCCAGCAUUACCUUCGAGCGUACUUCCAACCGGUUUGAGUCACGUAAGAAGGACAAGCGGAUUCAUGCGUUGGCUUUCCAUCCGACGGACCCCAAUAUCUUUGCAACUGCAUCUGGAGGAGUCAUCGAUCUAUGGGACAUAACCACAAGGUCUCCCAUGCAGACGAUCAAAAUGAUGUACCCAAACUGUGAUAACCCUGUGUAUGGACUCGACUUUUGCAGCAGACCGGGGACGUCGUAUCUGUUGUCAUGUCAUGACAUCGUAUCACCUCGCGAAAACGGGUCUCUGGCCAUCUGGGACCUUGAGAAUGGGGGUGCGGUAUGCUCGUAUCCUACCCAUAAGUUUUCCGAUGACCUUUCGCAUCUCAGGACCGCCUUUUUCCAUCCGUCCUUGCCGUACAUCUUCACCGUAGCGUUUGAUGACAUCAAGAUAUGGGACGAGUCCAACGAUCGGCUGCUGUCGUGCUAUAGCUUCGGGCUGAGGCGGAAUGGCCUACGGGGCCUUGCUCCUUGCAAAACCUCCAAUCAUGCCAUUGCGUUCAGAGGCAAAGGCAAGUUCACCCUCUCGGUGGUGACGAAAACAGGAGAAGACCCAAGUCAAUCAAUGACGCAGAUGACAUCUGUCACUGCGGAAAGGCGUCGAACAUAGAGCACCAACCAAUGGCCUUGUUUGCGCCUGUGACGAACCCACGGUGACGGACCCAGCUGCUGUUGUAUAUCAAGCGGAAAGGACUUGGAGGUUAUGGGGAUGAAAGCCGAUGUGAAAGCUGUCUGUGCCGAGCCAGAGUGGGACACAAGAGAUUUUUCAGCAUGCAGUGGCAACUUGGAGUUCGAACUUGAAGAGCAUCGGAGAAGGGAGAGAACGCAAGCAGAGAGGCUUCUGCAGCUGCGAGAUGAGGUGAGAGAUUUGAAGGAAGAGAUGGCAGCAACGGUAGAAUGGAAACAAAUGAAAAACAGAAGC